AGGGCAAACUUGCUAAGACGAACGAAGAACAGCUUGCGGGAGCGCGCUUCUUGCGUUUCACAGCUUCGGUUAGGUGCAGAAAAGUAGCGUUGCCACAUGUAGUUGAGAACUUGAUAGUCGGGUCUUACAGUGUCCGCGUGUAGUUAGUUCGUUUCAUUGCCCAUAGAUGAAAUUGAAAACAGAUGAGGAUUUGUACCAGGACAAUCUGUCGGACCGCGCGGUUGGCUCAUCCAGCAAUUCCGAGCACAUUUCCGGCAAAAGUUCAAAGACGACGUUGGUGCCCAGCGUCCAGACCAGCAAACCAACUCGGGACCUGAUACUGCAAGAGCAGGAUCAUGAUCCUAAACUUGGACCACAAGAAAACAUGGAGAACACGACCCAGAAAAACGGCGUCGAAAAGCAGCGCAGCGAGGUGUUUUUUGCCUCCUCGUCCCGGAAGCGGCGACUAUCCGACAUCCCGGCGGUUGGCGUGAAAAAAACGCUGAGCAGGGGCAACACCGGGCACCUGUCGAGCAACCUCGACGUGCUGGCGUCUUUGCAGCAGAAGGCAGCGAAGCAAAAUGAACAGGCGCGGGCCGUGGCGGAAAAGGCGAGAUCGGAGAGUCGGCAGGCCAUGGUGAGUAAGCAGAAACACCAACCGGAAGUUUUCUCACAGCCUCUACUCCAUCCCCCGCGCCAGGUCGAAGUGGUGCCGUCCUCUGGUGGCGAGUCGCAAGUGGAGGUAGCAGGAGCUGUCGGCCCAUCGAAGAACAAAAUUUCCUCUGCGCCUACAAAUAGGUCCACCCAGCCCGGGAUGGCGUUUCAGCGGGACAGCCUGACCGCUCGGCAGAAGACGCUCGCCGCUGCACAAGUGGGAAAACAGUUGCAAUCUCAUCCGUUUUUCGAUGCUGAGUUGCAGGACGCGCCGGAGGAGCCGAUGGGCGACCACGUUAUGUUUGGUCGAAGCUCCAACUCCUCCAGCAAAAAGAGCACCAGCAGACCGUCGAAAGGCACGGUUGGAGGGACGAAAGGGAAAACGAAAGAGAAACUGGUUGACAACCCGGCGAAAAUGCGAACUUCCUCUUCCAUUUACAUAGACAGCCAGAUCGCGGCCGCCCGGGCACAGAAAAAGCAGGAGAUGGCCUUGCAGAAAAUGUUGCGAGCCAGUAGUAACGGGCAGCAGGUGGAACAAGACGCGUUCGAACAGGAUCUGUUUUUGCAGAGUCAACGCGCCAGCAAGGGGAAGGACCACGGUAGUAAUGCGGUUUCAGCGACGGAGAUCGAGAUGAAGAACAGUCGUAAGACCAAGCGAAACACGACCACGAAGGCAAAAAAGCGCGCCUACUCGGAAAAGGCGCUGGAAAAAAAGAUUCACAACGACUUGGAAAAGCGGGUUGCGCACUCGGUGACCGAUUUCUCACCGAGUCCGCGGGCUGCAGGUUGGAACGUCAGUACCCACGUGCCCACGGAGGACGAACUCUUUCGGAGGAGAGUGCAUGAGAUCACGGUACAAGAAUGAAAGUGUUUUGAUCAUUCAUCCACCGACUGAAUUUACUAUGCAUUUAGAUUUGAUUUCAUUCUCUUUCUGCAUGAUCUCAAACUCAAAGCCUACUUAAUUACAUGUCUAUCACCACAGGGCCUCGCGCGGCACACGAACCGGCAACUGUCUACCAAGCAACUGCAGAAGUCGCCCAGCCCGCCCCCCACCUGGCGAGAGGGUUUACGGAGCGAAAACCAUGCGGCGUCUGUUCCCGCAUGGUCGGGAAGCAGGAGGCUGGGGACAUCAAAUAAAAGCGCCUCUCCUUCACCCAGAAGCAAAACGGGGCCAAGGAAGAAGACGAGCAAAGACCAUGCUAAAGCCACAGCUGGGUCGACGUCCUCGCACAGCAAACCGGUCCUCGAGCGGAGGUUCGCUGCGCCGCUGACAAGGGAGCCGCGGGGAUCCCCAUCACAUCAGCAUCAGGCGGCGGGGGGAGCGGAAAAUGCAAAUAAUAAUGCGGUGAUCAUGUCUGAUAAUAAAGUGAAAAACAUCAAGCGGCAGUUGAUAGAAAUCAGGGAAGUAGAGUCGCUUUCCCCGGAGUUGAAGAGCCGAAGUAACCACACUACGACAGGGAGAAGCAAGAGCCCCCGAGGAGGUGGAACAUCAAACAAUCAGGCAGCGCCAGAACUCCUGAAAAGAUCAUCGCUUUCGCCACAUCAACCGCUGGAAAAGUUUCCCGGCGUCCUCGAGUCCAGCUCCGCGACCAGCAUGGCAGAUGACCGACAGCACCUGCUCAUCUGUCCCCCCGGUGAACCCCGUAUCAGUCCGCCAGCGAAAAGCUUCUACGACGCCAGGACUUCCGCGAUGAUUCGGGAGAUAGGCUCUACCAGCACGAGCACGCAGAAUUUGAAUUACAACGGACCACGACAAUCGCAACUGCAGAUGUUAAACUCAUCAUCUUCUCCUAGCGGUACAGGUACUACUAUUGUCCAACCCGUCGUCACCCCACCGCAACAGCAGUUCAUUCGCAUGGAGGGCGUGGAAAGCCCGGGAGUUGUGCCGCCGGAAAAACGGAGAUCGUCGCGAAACAAGUCCAGGUCCCCAGCAAGGUCGCCGCCGCGAUCCCCGACGGCGAACUAUGCUGUUCUUUCUGGAACGAAUACACAGACGCAGCAGCAGCAGCGGAGGUCCUCGUCUGUGACCAACGCAAGCCCCGGCGGUGGCCAACAGCAAGAUGCUGAGCAGGCUUCGUACCUCUCGAACCAAAGGAAUCUGCUUUUGUCCCCGCAGCGCGCAAUGGCGUUGAUGGACAUUAACAAUCCAGCACUACAACAGCAGCAGAUGCAGAUCAUGAACAACAUGAACUUGAAUUCCAACAAUAAUUACCAGAGGCAGCGAGCGGACACGGCGACGACUUUUUUCUCCUUAAAUGGAGGGUUCAACAGCUCCACGAGUUACGUGACGCCCUUGUCCACAACUGGAAACACGUGGUUCGGAGGUGCUGGAAACAACAGUGUGGGAACGUCGGCACCGCCACAGCCGGUGGCAACGCCGGCUGCUGGAUCAGGCCCGAAUGUCCAGCCCUCACCUCCUUCGAUGGGCGGCAACAUGAUGAACAACCGGGUCCGCGCUCCCAGUGACGAGAGGGUGAGGACGGGGUUGCUGCAAGCCCCACCAAUUACCGGGACGUUUUCCACGGCUGCGUUGCCACUACCGGCGUCCGCGGUCAAAGAGCAGAAGUUUCAUCAUGCGCAGCACCUCCCGGGUGGCAAUAAAAGCCCUAUUUCCCCUGCCAGUUCCUCUCGGCCGGAGUCCCCGCGGAGGUUGAACGCGUUGCAACCACCAUCGUUGCUGGAAUUAGUCCCCGGGAAUCAACAAAGCCCGGCCGUUGCACCUCCUCAGUUCUUACCGCAAACGGUGCUUCCUCAACAGGUAGAACUACCACAACAGCCGCACUUAGCUGCUGUCCUAGCAUCACAAAAUAAGUCUUCUACUUCGCCGAGUGAUUCGAUGCCGAGGCAGACAUCGCCGCCGCUGCGAGCAGCGAAAAGAGAAGACAAUCAGUCGCCGCGAGGGCUUGCUGGGGGCAAGCAGUUCAUGCAGCAAACGAAGGCGAGCCAAGCGCAGAUUAGGGUACAGGUUUUAUAGGGGCUUGUUUUGUGUCAAUUUUCUGUUUCUCCCGUGUGUGGUUAAUGUGUGCUGGGCAGUUGUUCUUGGUGGACGUCGUGUAGACCGCUUCUGUUUCCGGUUCGUCCUUGAUCUUGAUUGUGUUGCACCAUAAAUUUUCGUCAGGCAUCAACUCCGCCUGCGCCAAUCCUUACCCAGCCUGGUUCGCAGCAGCAGCCUAGCCCAAGUAGGCAGAGUAGAGCUGGAACGAGAAAGGAGGAGAGUCAAGCCGAAACAAAGUCGAGAUCUCUCACCGCGGCGGCGGAACAACAGAACAAGAAAAAAAAACAGUUCAUCUCCACAUCCCGCUCCUUAUCCGCCCGCGACGAUUUUUUGCCACCACCGCGCGCGAGGUCAAGGUCGCCCUCGCCAAUACUACCCGAACCGCUGACCGCAGAGGAGAUGCAAAAGCGGAAGGAAAAGAAGCUGGAAUUAAAACAAAAGCAAGCCGCCGCGACCGCGAGACUGGCCAGCCGCGGUUCGCCGCGAGUGCGAAAGACGAAACGGGUUUUGGCAGAAAGGGAAGAGUUGGAGGAGAAGAGAAGAGAAUUGGAGGAAGCGGAGCUGUUAGUCGCGCAAGCGAAGGUAGAGGCAGUGAAAAGCGCAUCGAAAUUGCAAACGGCGUUCGGCAGAGUCGUGUCGGAACAAGACCAAGAGGACGAUAUGGUGAAUAAAGCUGCAGCCGGACCUGGUGGUGGUCUACAUCUUGGUGGUACCACUGCGGCGACCGCGAGUGGAAGCAGAUCGCCAUCGUCAACCCCAAAACGAUUGAAGGUGACGUCAAGCGGUACACCUUCUGCAGAACACGCGAAAAGCAAGCCAGCCGCGGGACACCAUCUUCAAGUGGGACAUGUGUUAGCUGAGGUUGCAGCUACAGGAGCGGCUGCAGCUAGUAACAUCAAGGUUGUCCAUGUUCUCGACGCACCGCAAGGAUUGUUACCAGUAUUCGGGGGAGGAAGUACAAGCAAGGUGGAACAUCUUUUGAAACCUGCUGCCACGGUUCCAGGGGCGGGUACAGCUACGAAGAAUUCCUCCGGAAGCAAGAAAGCGUCGUCUCCACGAGGACAGGCCCCGCCUACGUCAGCAAUUUCCACAGGUACGUCUCAGGAGCCCCACUACCGGAGCCCGCUCCAGCACGAGAUCCGGAGGCAUGUCAGCGCGUCGAGGAGCCGGAGCCGAAGCCCAGGUCGUGCGACGAGGACCCUAGUGACCGAUCGGAAAGUGAACUCGCUGGACAUCCGGCCGAGCAAGGACAGUCUGGCUGGUUCUACUUCUUCACAAUUUGGACAACUUCCUCACGACGGCCAACAUCAUAUACAACGGCAUCCACAUCACGAUCACCCCCCUGGAACGAGCGGAGCUGCAAUGGUCCAGCCGCCGGGCGCAGGACUGCAUCACCAGCAACCAUCAACAACAACUCGAGACCACCGUGUUGUCGUCAUUCCCCCACCUCCACCUGCAACGACAGUCCAGCCCAUUUCGCAAUUCCGCAUCUCCAGAUCGAACUCCCCGGUGGAGAGAAAUCGUGAUCAACCAGAAAACAUAAACAACAAUAAGACCCCAUCAGUCACUGAUCAGGCGAUUGAGUUUCCGAUUUUCAAAAACGUGCAGAAGGUCGAAUCCCCCCAGUGGCCGCAUUCCCCGCAGCCCGUCCUGCGCGACCACGUGGUUUCCAGCGUGAAGGACUUCCGGGCCAAGGCGAGUAUCACCAGCUGCACAUCGGGGCCACGCUCCCGGAGCAGAAGCCCUUCGCAAAAAAGCAGUCCGAGCUCGCCGCCGGUGGUGAUCCCAGGGUCGACCGUGGUGGCGAAGGGAAGUGUCGGGGUGCACGGGCAUCAUGGUGGUCCUCUUGUUCACCGCGGCGCACCGGUAUGUGAUGACUUUUGUCGUGUUUUUAUACAUGAUGAACAUGAAAAAUCUUCUUGUCUAAUAUGCGGCUGUGACUCUGCAUUUUCAUAAUUUCACUCUUUCACUUUGGGUUUACCACCCACCAACUUUUGUUUGUUACAAACCACACGACCAGGCAGCGGAGCGUAGCGACGUACUGCACCAGCACCCAGGUCGUGAACACCUUCAAGCACGUGAAGAUCAUCUACUUCACAAUGUGCGUCAUUCCGUGGCGUCGACAUCCGGGCGGACCGAUUCCCUCCCCGCGAACACGACUUUCCUUCCGAUUGGGCCGGAGGAAUCGUGGUCGAUUCGGGACGAAGUAAGUCUGCUGAACGAGAUCGAGGGCGUGCUGGAUUCGAACAAGUCCCGCAUAGAAGAGAUGCUGGCCGACCCAAACAAGGCAGCGGAGUACACGCUGCGGAACGGAAAUUUGGUGCGCGACCCGGAAGCAGAGGAUAAAAUCAUCGACGUGCGCGCGAGUCCGACUAGUGCGAGGAUGCACGUGACGAUUAAGCGGAAAGGGGACGAGGAGCAGCGUGUUGAGACAGCACACUACCUUCAUCCUCCAGCUGCGUUGACGUCGUCGCGUCCGCAGUCCGGGCGGUCCUCGAGAUUGCCGUCUGCCCGCGCUUCGUCCGCUCUCGACGAGGAGGCGGCCUCGCUGCAGGAACAGUGUGCCUUGCAAAUAUGUCUGGGUCUGGAAGAUUGUGACACUUCUUAUGCUAGUUUGGCAUGACUCCGAACUCUGUAUUGCGUGGCCACGAGGACCUCCUCUUGUCUAUCAUGCAAAAACGAGGUUUCUCAUGCGGGAUACGCAACACAGAGCCACGAGAAAAUCUUUUAAUGCUCCUUGGCGGUGCAUUACAGUGCGCUUCCUGUUCACUGACAUGCAUUACAAGUUUCCAGACCCAGACAUAUUUGCACUUGAUAAGCAGAAGCAGAUCGCGAUCUCGGCGCUGCGGAACAUUCGGGCGACACUGAGUCGGGCCCGGGGGUCGAACCCGAAAGUAGAGCAAAAUCACAGCGUACAGUCAGGCACUUCCGCUGGUGCGGCUGCAUAUGGUUCAUCUGUUAGGCGAAACGCAUCGAAUAGUACGAAUUCGCAGCACUACAACGUGGUAGGUGGAGGAGCCGGUGGACAUCAUCUUCACCAGUUGCAUUCAUCGGGAGGAGCUGCAGCAGGUGGACCACUUCUGCACCCACAUAUUAGCCAGGAUAUCUCUGUGUCCGCCAUGGAAUCGCCAAUUGUCAACAUCGGAGGAGGUGGACAUCUCCAUCAUGGAGCAGUCGUGCCACCACAACACCACCUCCAGUCCACUUCCGCCGACAACGACGCGGACAACGUCUUCCGCCACGAAUUUUCGAAGCGGUUAGAGCUCCACUCGAACUUGAUCAAGUCUCUCCGCAGUUCGCUCGGGUUCGCGGAAUCGGAUCACAGUGUGUCCGCGGAAGACGGGGAGUGGUCGAACGCGGUCACAUAUGAGAGUGCACAACUCCCCCUCCCCCUCAUUUGUGAUGCAAAAACCCAAAUCCACAUCUUGUCUGUAAGCACAGUGAGCAUGACAAAUUUUGGAACCACAAACAGCACUACAAUCGUCCGUGUGUAGAUUUGUCAUGCGCAGGCCCCAUUUGAGCUGGUGUCUGUAUUGCUGCUCAUACCAUACAAAUGAGGGGGAGGGGGAGUUGUGCAAUCUCAUAUCACACCCCGCGUGUUUCCCGAGCAAGCAUCGUCUACUUCCGGAGGUGGCGUUUUUCCGGUCACGACUGGUGGACCUGCAAAUUCCGGCGGGCCGCUGCUUUCCCCCCGGCACCAUGGCAAGAUAAAGGUGGUCGCGGUCGCACACGAAGCUGCGGUGGCUUCCGCGCCCGUCGUGCCGCUCUCCGCGACCGCGACGGCACGACAAAGCUCGGCUUCGGAUACAAAUGUUGCCAGAAACAAGCAGCUUCCGACAACUAGUACCCCCGGUGGAUCCGGAGUCACGAAUAUCCGUCCGAUUAUGUUGGACGUGAAGUCUACUUCCGUGGGAGAUGAACAGCACCUCCAGGGUAGUAAGAACAACACCACCUCCUUCUACCCGCAGGCCCCGCUGACGGCACGGACCUCCUCCGAUGCGGCGGUAGUGACCGAUGCAGAGGGGGUUCUUCCUGGAAAUCAUGCUGGGGGCGUGUAUUUACCCACGCCGGGUGGAUCGGCUGCUGGUGCUGUUGGGGCAGCAGGAGUUCCAGCAGCAGGAGCGGGAUCUUCGUCAGCUGCAGCGAUCAACAUGGUCCCCACGACCGGGGGUGCAUCUUCGAGUGCCUCCCCGCACAGUUCUUCGCAGCAGCAAAUAUCUCUACAAGUUCAUCAUCCCACUGAAGUAGGCCAGAUGAACGUUGUUGACGACGAAGCCGCCGCGGGGACCGGAGGGACGGUGGUGGAGGAGGCAGGGCCCUCUUCCAACACGGCAGCCUCGCCGAAACAGCAACAGGAACGGUUUCUGUUCUACGAACCCGAGAAGAUUGCGCAGCGAAUGGCUUAUUUGGAGGACCUAUGGAUUGCAAAUAUGUCUGGGUCUGGAAGAAUACAAACUUGCGAUGCGCAUUUCAGAACACAGAAAAAUGUCUCAUGCAUAGGUAGCAAAAGCUGCCCACUUUCUGUCAUCAAAAUAGGGGAUUUGUCAUGCGGAUUUGGCAUUGCGGAAGCUUCUCGAAACCUGUGAUGCUGGAGCUUCCAUGCCAGACCUUCUGUGUCAUGCAAAAACAGCAUGACUCUUCCAGACCCAGACACUUUUGCAUUUGAUAGGGCCGAGUCAGCCGGUUCUGCAACGGGGAGGACAUUUCGCCGAGAAAGCCGGCGACGCACUGGGAAGAAGAAGAGGGGGAGGACAUUAUAGACGGUGCUGGCGGCAUUCUUGAUGCAGGUAACAAGAAUAGGACCAGUAAUCAUAGUGAAGGUCUUGUUGAUCUUGUCCCACCACCUCUUUUUCAGUCGCAGAACAAAGAGGUUUUUACUAGUGCCGCUGCCGAAUCCGGCUCAGUCCCACGACAAGGGGGUUUCGGAUCUAGCAUCACCACAAUCGCCGGCGACAGCGCAGCGCACAGUGCAACGACCGCCGACUGCACGGAAGAAUCGACAGCGAUCAUUCUACAGCGGCUAGCCGCACAGGAAGCAUCCUCUUCCUCGUCUAGCGAGGUGUUGGAUCAUCACUACGGUCAGGCAGGGCCGCACGACCCACGACAUGUCACCGGCAUAAUACCAACGUGUGACGGCGGCACUGGAACAGGUAUGGAGGAGGGGAAUCCUCAACUAGAAGGACGACAGUACUACAACUCUGAACAAGAAGAGCAACAAAUGUUAAACCAGAACUGGCACCAGGCGCAGACUGCGCAGGAGGGACUGCCGGAUACCCCCUGCUCCGCCUCGGUCGAGGAGAUUUUGCGAUCCGGGGCGGCCGGCCCAGACCCGGCGGUGCUAUCAACUCUCCGGGAAAUUCGGCAAGGCAACUUCACUCUGGAAGGCCAUCUUCUCGUGGCACAGAAUCUGCAUCAAGGACCAAUUGGUGUCCCACCAUCGGCGCAAGGAGUAGACCGACAGCAAGUUGUUUCUCAGCCCGCGCCACAGGGCGCGACCCAGCCGCAGUUCCUCCCGCUGACCACGAACGACCUGAUACCACGACCUGGAGUACAUGUACAACCAGCAGCAGCGCCAACGACGACGACGCGCAAUGUCUCUAGUUUUUCCCAGCGUUUCAUCGAUCCUUUGAAUUCCCCUCCUUUGUCCAAAACCGGCGCUGCGCAGCAAAACUUUCAAAUCGGCCCGCUCCCGCCAAUAAACCCUGACCAGCUGUUCAGCCCUCGCGUGGCGCACUUACGGGCAACGUCGCCGCAAAGACUAAAGGUGGAUGUGAAAAGCGCAGUCUCUUUGCCGCUGUCACCGAGACCGAAGUCACCAAGUAAUGUGGUCAACGGUUUUGCGAGUCCGAAGAAUUUGUUCGCUGGUCCUGGUUCAAAUUCCGUCUCACCAGAAAAAGAAGCUUUAGAUCCUGCGGGCAAUGGCAUUCGAAACCAGAAUACAAAUGUCGCGAUGUCGGCGGCGCAGCUGCUCCGGAUGCAGAAGGAGUGGGGACGAUUGGCAGCCAGUACUAGUAGUUCCUCAACUAUGCGGCGUGAGCAAGUGGUGCAGGAGGUCGAGGUAGCAGCAAACCAGGGAUCUUCACAGCAGAAAAUAAAUGCCAGGGCGAACUCCCUUCCCAUCGAUUCCCCGAGAACGGUGAUAAAAAAGGUCGGAAAGGCAGCGGAGGCGGCGAGUGCCCAGAUUCAGGAACGAAUGAUCAAGGCCGGAGCUGCUACGACUUCUCCGAUCAUGCUGAGCCCGCGGAGCAACAGCAACUCCCGGAGCCCGGUGAGGGACGCGGCAGAAGAUGCAGAGAACAAGGAGAACCAAAACUACCGCAGCCGAAGCGAGGGGGGACAGCACGGACGAACGGAGAAUAAUUCUUUAUCGCAUAACUUCUACACCGCCUCCACUAAAGCGAAAACAACUCUGCAACAGCUCGUCUUUGUCGGCCCGCCGGCGCAGCAGCGGGGGUUGAGCCCUCCUAGUAGGCUGGAUUUUUCCGGGAUGCAAACGUCGCCCCAAUUGCGGACCCGCGCGCGUCCAGGGACGAUGGUGGCAAGUAGUACUAGGAACAGCAGCACGGCUACUAGUACCAGGCCGGCGAUCAGUGGUGCUGGAAAUGGGGUUGUAGGUGGUAAUGGAAACGCUGCUACAGCUACUUUUCCGCCGACGAGCGACGGGCCGGCUCCUGCACUGGCCGCUCCGCAGCAGAGAACUGGGGCGAGGGUAGCAGUGAUGCAGAGCACCAUGCCAGCUUUGCAACGCAGGGCGAACAUCCCCGUCGCUGCACCCCCAAGUGCUGGACUACAGAAGCGUGGGCUUGCAAUGACGGCGCCCGGAAUUAUGACGAGCAGUGGAGCUGCAGUGUCUGGUGGUGCUGCACAGGGAAACAAGACGCGGACUCGGAUUAUUCGUGCCACAGGGACCCGACGCUCGUCGGAACUGGACCCGGUCCCGGAAAUGGACGAAGUUUAAAGCGAAAAAGCACGAUGAACAAGUUGAACUUUUGUACUGAACAAAGAAAAAAUUCAAAAUGCUGAAUGAGACAGAAUCUGAAUCUAAAACCAAUGCGGUAGUAUCAUGUGGUGAAUACCAACAAUGUGAAUGUAAACGAAUCAAUAGUACAAUGCUUCAAAUGCAACUUUUACAUCAUUUCAGAACGCACUGCAAACAUCGAAUAUACAACAAAUGAACCGGCAUUAAUUAUCUGAGUUUUUGAUUUAGUUUUUUUGGGUACAACAGCCAUCUUCUAUCAAGAUGCUACCCUGAAAUUGGCUUCAGCUAGUGGUGCCCUACUUUCUUUUAAGACCUUUUACACUGCAUGGUAUGUAAUUGUUUCACAUGUAUUAAAAACGCAGAAAUGUUUCACAUGUAAUUUCGCAAUCGCAAGUCAUAGACCUGGCGAAACAAGACGAAAUAUGGUGCUCUUUAAAACAACAGCACAAAACUUGUGUUUGUACGAUAAACCAUGAACAUGUGCUGCUUGAAUUUUUACAGUCCCACGACAAAGACUAAAACAAGGAAU